UAGAGAAAAGAAAGAAAAUAAAAAUAAUAAAGAAAAAGUAAAAAAAAUGACAUCAACACAACCAGCAGCAUUAGCUAUUCGUACGGCAGCAUCAAGAACAAUUGAAGAAGCGAGAAAAAGGGUUUUAAGACAAUAUAGAGCAUGGCAACGAGCAAUACCAAUAGUAGUUGAAAUGUAUCAACUUGAUGUACCGAUACAAGAAGUUAAAUCAGCAUUACGGAAUGCGUAUAGAAAGAACAAGAAUAUUACAGAUCUUAAGAAACUUGAUAUUUUAAUUUUUCAGGGACAUGCAGAAUACCAAGAAACACUUAAUUUCUGGAAACAACAAACACAUAUAAUGACAUUUUUAAAAAAACAUACGCAAAAAACGUUUGAAUUAGAAAAAGUAGAAGAACAAGUUAAAAGUCCAUUAAAAGACACUAAUCUUCAAACAAAUAUAAUAGAAUAUUCAGAAACGAGGCAAAAAUUUCUUAAAGAUUUUUUAAGUGGUAAACCUUAAGUAUAGAU